AUGGCUGAGCUUAAGCCCUGUGCCAUGGCCAGACAUGGAGACUUUGGUUUGAGAAGACAGGAUUUCAGCCCCUCAGCUGGGAAUCCCAUGCUCAAGGGCAGCAGCAUCAUAGGACAUGGCAUAUUGGGAAAUUGCUGGUCUCAGCCAGGAUUAGAUGCCAAACUGAAAGACAGCAUAACUGGUCUUAUUCCUCCUUGCUCCUCUGUUUGUUUGGAAGAUUUUCCACACACACACAGACCUGAGGUCUCCCUGGCCCAUUGGAAAGUGGCUGUUGGUGCCAGAACUCAGGGUCACACAUUCCCUGUGGCACAGAAGGAAGCAAAUAUCUCCAGUGACCAAGUAGACCACCAGCAACCUCUGUCCACCCCACCUAGUCCUCAUGAUGUCUUUAACUCAAGCUUUAGCUUCAUUCAACUUUCUCUCCAAUGUGCUGGGGAGCGGGGAGAAGCUGAAGGUUGCCUACCCACCAGGGAGAGAGAGCCCCCCUGCCAAAGUUCCACAGAGGUACGAGCAGAAAAUACCAGUGUGGAUGAAUUGGUCAGGAGGCAGGGCAGUAUAGGAGCCUGUGAGGACCAGAGAAGCAUUUCUCAGCCUUGUAGUUGUAGGACUGCUCGAGACCAAGUGGGCACCGCUCUGGCUACAAGCAGCAAUAACCAGCCUGAGAAGGAGGUUUUUUCUUUCUUAGAUACUGAUGCAGUGAUCUCCUGUUCCCCGGAUUCCUCCUCUGUGGGUUCUUCAGUUACCUCAGGCUAUGAGAGCAACAUCAUGGCAAGUGAUCACAGCUGGGACACCCUGGUCAAGAAAUAUGAGCCAGUGCUGAUGGGCUGCCUUCUGAGCAACCAGGCUCUGCUAAAGAUAAAAUCCUUGAUGUUUAAGCUUCAAAAACUUCUGGAAAAAGCAGUAGAAGAAGAUAAUUAUGACAAAGCUGAAGAAUUAAAACAAAAAUUAGAAGACUUGGCAAAAGAAAAGAGCACCCUAAAGUUUCAGCUUCCUUCAAGACAUCCAUCCAUUAGUUCAUUUCUGGACCGUUUUGGAGCCCAAGUCCAAUCUGCUCUCCACUGGGCUACACAUAAGGUCAGCAGUGAAGAAACCCAACCACAGCUCAGAAUGGAGCUGAACCUCUCAGAAUUUGCAGCUCAGGACAGACUCCAGGUUUCCAUCACCAGGAGAGAUUGGCUUCUUCAAGAAAAGCAGCAAUUGCAGAAGGAAAUCGAAGGCCUCCAAGCAAGGAUGUCUGUGCUUGAAGCAAAAGAUCAACAAUUAAGACGGGAAAUAGAAGAGCAAGAGAAGUUCAUACAAUUGCAGGACUGUGAGCUGACUUCCUUGCUGGGCUGUGUGCCCCUGGGAGAACUGCAGGAGGUCAGGAAAGCCUUGGAUGACACACUAGCCUCAUCCUAUCAGAUUCCAAUUAGUCUGGAGCUCCCUGGAACUAUGAAGAGCCUCCAAGAGAGGGAACAGUCACUCAACUUGGCCAUUAAAGAAACUACUUCUAAGGUUUGUACAAGUCAGAAACUCUGCAGUACCUUGAGGAGGAAAGUGAAUGAAAUUGAGACCCAACUACCAACCUUGCUUGAAGCCAAAAUGCUUGCUGUUUCAGGGAAUAGCUUCUCAACAGCCAAGGAUCUUAUGGAGGAGAUUAGGUCGUUAACAUCUGAGAAAGAAGGGCUGGAGGGCCUGAUCAACAAGCUGUUGGUACUGAGUGCCAGGAAUGUCAGGAAAUUGGAGAGAAUUAAAGAAGAUUACAACAGACUGAGACUAGAUCUGGAGCAGGGGGAGACUGCCUAUGAGAACAGUGUGAAGGAAAAUACUGUGAAGUACAUGGAAAUACUGGAAGAUAAAUUGUGCUGCUGCCCCUGUCAGCUACUAGAAAGAGUGUGGGAAGCUGAUUUGGAAGCUUGUCAGCUCUUCAUCCAGGGUUUCCAACUUCAGGAGGCCAGCAGCUGUGCUUCGGAAGGAGAGGAGAUUCGGAUAAAUGACUUAGAGAUGACUACUCCUGCUCCUGCCCCUGCUGCAUCUAUCCUCCCCAGACCAACUUCAGAAGAUGGGCUGAAACCCUUUUGUCAACCAGCUGAAGAGUGGCAGGCUAUCCUGUACCCCACCAUUCAGUGUGAUGGCUGUGAACAGAAAGAGGAAUCUUACAUUAUUUCUCUAGAACUGGGAGAAAAAUGUGAAGCCAUCAGAGAAAAGUUAUUGUAUUUGGAAGAUCAACUUCAUGCUGCAAUCUAUAGCCAUGAUGAAGGUCUUGUUCAGUCCCUCAAGAGGGAGAUCCAGAUGGUGAAGGAAACUCUGCAGGCCAUGAUUGUGCAGCUCCAGCCAGCAGAGGCCGGAGACUUCCUGUGUGACAGCUGGUGUCCAGAAAACCCGGGCUGGACAAGUGAUGGGGGAGGUGGGAGAGGAGACAGUUUCACAGUUUCAUAA